AACAAGAGCAAAACCCCGUCUCAAAAUUUAAAAAAAAAAAAAAAAAAGAAUUACUAAAGUGUGAGACUUGCCCAGAUUAUUUUUCCAAGGAUCCAGAGCCCUUUAGAGAGAAUUCAAGAGGGAGAAUUUCUGGUGACUUCUACCACCUCUGAAGAAUUAAAAAACACACUUAUGCUGCUUUCCAGGCCUCUGUGGUAGUUAGUUCUGCUUGGCAGUUUUUGUUGUUAAAUUGCUUUUAAAAAACCUGGAGCUCUAUCAGAUAUAAAUACCUUGUGAUGCCAAAGGACUGUCUUUCACCCAUAAAAACUGAAGCCAUGUGCCAGAAGCCCUCGUGGCCAAAGGGCUCUCUCCUUGGACACGGAUGAGGGCUACUGGGCGGUGGGACUGAGGCUGUGCCUGGAUGCCCAGCUUCUGCAGCCAGAGGUGGAGAGUUGCUCCUGCCUGCUGGCUCAGCCAGCACAGGAGCACGUAGCCUGCAGGCUUGGGUUGCACACAGGCUUCCCCCUGCAGAGUCAGGCCCCUUCAGCACUUCCCCAGAUCUCUGGAAUCUUCAGCUGAGAUUGGGCUCCAGCACCUGGACUCAAGGCAGUAGCAGAAUCCCAUGGUAGCCAGGUGGGUGAAGGGGACCGAGGACGUUCUACCUGCCUUGAAGAAGACACCUGACCUGCGGAGUGAGUGACCAGAGAAAUGCUGCACCCAACACACACAGAGGCUCUAGGUCUUGUCCUGUGAUUUCUAUCCACCAAGCCUUGAUACGAGGAAUGUGGGGUAAUUUAUGUCAGUCACCAGGCAGGUACUAUAAGAUGCUGGGGGCCCGCACAGUCAGCUUGUUCCCGGCUGUUAACUUGGAGCAGAGCGUUCCCUGGGGCUGAGCAUGGAAGCCCAGCACUUCUUAUAGUGUUCCCAGAUCCCGGCAAUGGAUUCCACUCACAUGGGCAUGUCCAGCACGCCCCUGGUGAAGCACACUGCUGGGGCUGGGCUCAAGGCCAACAGACCCCGUGUCAUGUCCAAGAGUGGGCACAGCAAUGUGAGAAUUGACAAAGUGGAUGGCAUAUACCUACUCUACCUGCAAGACCUGUGGACAACGGUUAUCGACAUGAAGUGGAGAUACAAGCUCACCCUGUUCGCUGCCACUUUUGUGAUGACCUGGUUCCUAUUUGGAGUUAUCUACUAUGCCAUCGCGUUUAUUCAUGGGGACUUAGAACCCGGUGAGCCUAUUUCAAAUCAUACCCCCUGCAUCAUGAAAGUGGACUCUCUCACUGGGGCAUUUCUCUUUUCCCUGGAAUCCCAGACAACCAUUGGCUAUGGAGUCCGUUCCAUCACAGAGGAAUGUCCCCAUGCCAUCUUCCUGCUGGUUGCUCAAUUGGUCAUCACGACCUUGAUUGAAAUCUUCAUCACCGGAACCUUCUUGGCCAAAAUUGCGAGACCCAAAAAGCGGGCUGAGACCAUCAAGUUCAGCCACUGUGCAGUCAUCACCAAGCAGAAUGGGAAGCUGUGCUUGGUGAUUCAGGUAGCCAACAUGAGGAAGAGCCUCUUGAUUCAGUGCCAGCUCUCUGGCAAGCUGCUGCAGACCCACGUCACCAAGGAGGGGGAGCGGAUUCUCCUCAACCAAGCCACUGUCAAAUUCCACGUGGACUCCUCCUCUGAGAGCCCCUUCCUCAUUCUGCCCAUGACAUUCUACCAUGUGCUGGAUGAGACGAGCCCCCUGAGAGACCUCACACCCCAAAACCUAAAGGAGAAGGAGUUUGAGCUUGUGGUCCUCCUCAAUGCCACUGUGGAAUCCACCAGCGCUGUCUGCCAAAGCCGGACAUCUUAUAUCCCGGAGGAAAUCUACUGGGGUUUUGAGUUUGUCCCUGUGGUAUCUCUCUCCAAAAAUGGAAAAUAUGUGGCUGAUUUCAGUCAGUUUGAACAGAUUCGGAAGAGCCCAGAUUGCACAUUUUACUGUGCAGAUUCUGAGAAACAGAAACUUGAGGAGAAGUACAGGCAGGAGGAUCAGAGGGAAAGAGAACUGAGGACGCUUUUAUUACAACAGAGCAAUGUCUGAUCACAGGGGCACCAUGCAGGUUUAACCGUGCAUGCUGUUUCCGCAUCAGAACUCCCUUCAAACACAAAGACUGCUGUGAAGACAAAAAUGUGUAGACGUACUCUAAAAACCUGCACGGACAUACAAAAUCAAUCUUUUCCUGUGAUCUUGUGGCUAAACCAGCAUUUCUGUGUUUGAGAGAGUUCCUUUUAAAUGCUUUAUCUGAAAGUGAACUCUUAUAAUUCAGAUUGUGUAAAAUGGGGCUACAUUUCUAAGAGCUUGGUGUAGGGCAAUUGGAAUAAUGUCCUGUUAGAUAAACAGACACUUAGCAAUGCUAACAUUAAAAGUAUAUGUAUUUCUAUACAAGAUUAUUACCUGUAAUAUAAGAUAUUUAUUUAACCAAGUAUCAAUGACCUUAUGGCCAAGACUUCAUUGAUCUCAUUGCUUUCAUUGAUCUCACUGCUUUAAAACAUGCUGUUUUUGUUCAAGCAAGAAAAAUAUUAUAUCUAAUGAUUGUGUGAUAAUACCUGAAAAGAGGUAGAGAGACUCUGUUCACAAAAUGUAGUAAUUUUAUUUUUACCUUUCUUCAGUGGACUGACUUGUAUGAAAGGAAACUGAUCAGAUCUGUAAUUCACAACUGUGGAAACCUACACAAAUGGGGCUGAUGCCAUUGUUUCCUCUAUUUCUUUUUUUUUUUUUGGACUGUACUAUCCUCUUUCCAUUCAAAAAGUUUCCAUUCAAAAUGUGGUUCACAGACCCGCCACAUCAGCACCAUCCAAGAGCUUAUUAGUAACGCAUAGAUUCUCAGGCCCCAGCCAGACUUACAGAAUUGGGGUCUGUAUCUUGACAGGACCAGCAAGUGAAUUGUGUACAAAUGAAAGUUUGGAAGGUCUGCUCUGGACAAUGUUUCCAAAGCAACUUUCUGAAGCCAUGUGGAAAACUGACUCUGUGGGUCCCAUAUCCCCGUGCCAUCCAGACCUGGCCUCUGUUCAGUUCAUUAUCAUUGGCCAAUAUUUCUUUCAGCCAUUUCAUUUUUUAUCUAUUAAAAUGCCUUGCCCAUAAAGGAACUGACAUUCCAAGAGCAAAAUAAAGCUCUUGAGAGUAAUUGUUGUCUCAGUUAUGCCUGUUGAUUACAGUUAGCACAAAAGAAAAAUUCAGCUGCCUGACAAUACAGGAAAUGUUCUCAGAGGCUGAAGUUUGUAAGGUCUGGUGGGGCCAUACGGAAGAAGAGGAGCUAAAAGUAAGGAAUUCAUAAACAAGAUGACUCCCUGAUGCAUGAACAAGAUUUGAAAAUCUCAAACCUGUAAAGAAUACCCUCGCUAUUUAAAUAAAGCUUAUACAAAGAGGUAACAUUUCGCCCCUGGAAAAAUUCAGGGGUCUGGUGCUCUGCAUUCCUUUGAGGCAAAUAAAUAAAUAAAUAAUAAUAAUAAAUGGGCUAUGACUGGUUAAAUGUCCGAAAGGUGAAUUCUCAUUUGAUUCAAACGGAGACAGAUUUGCGCAUUCACUCAAGCAGAAUGUGACCAUGAAUGUUCAGCCCCUGCACACAUACAAAGAUGUACGCGAUUCCCCCCACUGCACACAAAUACUCCCACGCAAGCACACACAUGCACAUACCCUGGCUCUUCAAGCAUAAUCAGGGGAGCCAUCAGUGAAAGACAUUUGCGAUUAAGACAAGUCCUUGACAGACAUGUUCAUGUCUAUUUGGUUCUAUAAAAAUAUGAACAUUGGGACUCAGAG